UCUCAGGUCGGGGAGGGGGGGCGCAGAAGAGGUCUAGGGACGCUGCCUCCAGUUCCAGUUGCAGGGCCUUGGGGGGUGGUUUGGUUAGAUGGGGGUUACAGGUGUCUUGGCCCCCCAACUAGCCCAAGAAUUCCUCUUUGUCUUCCUUGGAAAAUCCUCUCUGGAGCCACGAACCGGCUCUCACUUAGAAAGAAUGCAGCCUACCGUCCAGCCCGGUGACGUCAGCACUGGAGUAUUUGGAAAACAAAGAGGGCGAGGGAGGCGGAUCCAGGACGCUUAAAGAUCUCUCGCGGCCUCCGGCUGCCCUCGCCCGCUUGCUCCGGGGACAACGGCGGCCACCAGGUGCUCGUGGUUGGCCAGGAUUCCGGGUGCUCUGGGGCAAGGUGCUGCUGGCCAUUGUCCAGCCAGGCGUGUGCAAGGCAAGGAAGCAUGAGGACACUGGAAGAUUCCUCGGGGACAGUCCUGCACCGCCUCAUCCAGGAGCAGCUGCGCUAUGGCAACCUGACGGAGACACGCACGCUGCUGGCCAUCCAGCAGCAGGCCCUGCGGGGUGGCGCCGGGACUGGGGGCACGGGGAGCCCCCAGGCCUCCUUGGAGAUCUUAGCACCUGAGGACGGUCAGGUGCUGCAGCAGACCACGCGACAGGAACCCCAGGGCCAGGAGCACCAGGGCGGCGAGACCCACCUGGCAGAGAACACCCUCUACCGGCUGUGCCCACAGCCCAGCAAGGGCGAGGAGCUGCCCACCUAUGAGGAGGCCAAAGCCCACUCACAGUACUACGCGGCCCAGCAGGCUGGGCCCCGUCCACACGUCGCGGACCGGGAGCCACGAGGGGCCCCAGGAGGCAGUCGACAGCAGGACGAGGCCCUGCGGGAGCUGAGGCAUGGGCACGUGCGCUCCCUGAGUGAGCGGCUCCUGCAGCUGUCCCUGGAGAGGAAUGGAGCCCGGGCGCCCAGCCACAUGAGCUCCUCCCAUAGCUUCCCGCAGCUGGCCCGCAGCCAGCAGGUCCCCCUACCCAGGGGUCCCUCUGCUGAAGGCCUGGAACCCCGUGGACCCCCACCUCAGUACCCACACGUUGUACUCGCUCAUGAAACCGCCACUGCCGUCCCUGAUCUGCGGUUCCGUGCCCGUGGCAGCCCACACUUCCAGCACGCGGAAGUCAGGAUCUUGCAGGCCCAGGUGCCUCCUGUGUUCCUCCAGCAGCAGCAGUACCAGUAUUUGCAGCAACCCCAGGAGCACCCCCCACCCCCACACCCAGCUGCUCUGGGCCACAACCCCCUGGGCUACCUUGGUCCCCCGGGGGUGGAGGGAUCAGCAAGCGCCUCAGCCACCUCGGGCAGUGCCCACCUGGCCCAGAUGGAGACCGUGCUGCAGGAGAAUGCCAGGCUGCAGAGGAGCAACGAGAGGCUGCAGAGGGAACUGGAGAGCUUGGCAGAGAAGACUGGCUGCAUUGAGAAGCUGGAAAGUGAAAUCCAGCGGCUCUCUGAGGCCCAUGAGAGUCUGACGAGAGCAUCCUCCAAGCGUGAGGCUCUGGAGAAGACCAUGCGGAAUAAGAUGGACAGUGAAAUGAGGAGGCUGCAGGACUUCAACCGGGACCUUAGAGAGAGAUUGGAAUCUGCGAACCGCCGCCUGGCAAGCAAGACGCAGGAGGCCCAGGCAGGCAGUCAGGACAUGGUGGCCAAGCUGCUUGCUCAGAGCUAUGAGCAGCAGCAGGAGCAGGAGAAGCUGGAGCGGGAGAUGGCACUGCUGCGCAGUGCCAUCGAGGACCAGCGGCGGCGUGCGGAGCUGCUGGAGCAGGCGCUGAGCAAUGCGCAGGGCCGGGCAGCCCGGGCCGAGGAGGAGCUGCGCAAGAAGCAGGCCUACGUGGAGAAGGUGGAGCGGUUGCAGCAGGCGCUCGGGCAGCUGCAGGCUGCCUGCGAGAAGCGUGAGCAGCUGGAGCUACGGCUGCGGACACGCUUGGAGCAGGAACUCAAGGCCCUGCGUGCACAGCAGAGGCAGGCCGGCAGCCCCAGCCAUGGAAGUGGCAGUGGUGGGGCCCCGGAGCUCAGCGCCCUGCGGCUGUCAGAGCAACUGCGGGAGAAGGAGGAGCAGAUCCUGGCACUGGAGGCCGAUAUGACCAAGUGGGAGCAGAAGUAUUUGGAGGAGCGUGCCAUGAGGCAGUUUGCCAUGGAUGCAGCGGCCACGGCCGCUGCCCAGCGUGACACCACUCUCAUCCGACAUUCCCCACAGCCCUCGCCCAGCAGCAGCUUCAACGAGGGUCUGUUUGCUGGCGGCCACAGGCACCAGGAGAUGGAGAGCAGGUUAAAGGUGCUCCAUGCCCAGAUCCUGGAGAAGGAUGCAGUGAUCAAGGUUCUUCAGCAACGCUCCAGGAAAGACCCUGGCAAGGCCACCCAGGGGUCCCUGCGGCCCGCCAAAUCUGUGCCAUCUAUCUUCUCAGCUGCAGCAACAGGGACCCAGGGCUGGCAAGGGCUCACUGGUGAGCGCCAGUCAGAUGCCCCUGCCCGGCUGGCUCCAGUGGAGAGGGCCCCCGUGGAGGAGCCAGUGGCCACAACUCCCCUCCCUGCCCAUGCCAAACAUGGGAGCAAAGAUGGGAGCACCCAGACCGACAGCCCACCAGACAGCACCCCUGCCUGUCUGGUGCUGGAGCCCGACAACCUUCUGGGGUGCAGCAGUGGCCAGAGGACAGCCUCACUGGACUCUGUAGCUACAUCCAGAGUCCAGGACUUGUCAGAUAUGGUGGAGAUAUUGAUCUGAAGGAGGUGGUGCUUCGGAGACUCUGAACCAUCUCCUGCCCUCCUCUGCCUCUGCCACUCUCGGCCAUUCCAGCAGCUUCCUCCAGUUGCUGCUUCCCCACUUUCCCCAGCCAGGCACUCAUGCCCAUUGACCAUCUGGUCCAGGAGCUCGAGAAGGAGGGCUACAGAGGAAAGGGGAGCUGUGAGAGCAACAGCAUCCUAGAAGAUUCUGCUUCCUCCCAGGCCUAUGGAGAACAAGGAUUCAACCUGUGCCUGCUGCUUGAGGCUUGCUGCUAGGGUAGCAAGUGAAAGUGCCGGAGGGAGCUGAGCCCCCUCUGUGCCCCCGGAGUUGGCACUUGGGCAGGAAGGAAGGGGGUAUAUUGGUUUGGGGGACUGAUUUCCAAGGAUGGCUACUCAUGGACCAGGUGGGCUGGUUCUUAUAUAUGUUUAUUCCCAUGUUUCCUCAACUUUUUUUUUUUUUUAAUUUGCAUUUGUUGAUUUCCUCUGGCUAAGUGGGGUCCCAGCCAACUUCAUCUGUUCUUCAAUUCCUCACUGCCUCCUUGGAGUCACUGACAUGAAUCUUUUGAGGACUAUUGGGAGCAUUUGACUUGCCAAAGCCACAGCCUCACCCCUCACUUGGAUUGGGUUUGGGGCCACUUAAGUGGACUGGGUGAUGCUGUGCAGUUUGUAUAUAAAUCCCUUUCUUGAGGAACAGAAGAUGGAGGCAUUCUGGUUCAGAUUUGUCCCCUUACGCCCUCCCGACCCUACUGCCAUGGUUCCUGUAACUUCUGACUGGCCUCCCAGUUAUUUUCCUUCUUAAGCUCCUGGCCCAUGGAUUGGUGCUGGUUGAUUCACGGGAUAUUGGCUGUCUUCUUUUCCUCCAUCUCGAGUCCUGUAUUAAACACCCAUGGAAUCUCCAUCACCAGCCUCUGAAAAUGGCUCCCCAGCUCCUGUCCCUGGACAUCCUUUCCCUUUGGUUGUGAACCCUGAGCCAGAAGAGAUGAACCACCCCACACAAACAUCUGUUGUGCCCACAGGUGGGCCACGGUGGCCCUCCCACCACCAGGUCUCUCUGAGGAAACCGGAGACGUCUUGUUCUCAGAGGUAUCUGUUUCCACCUGGAGGAAUUGGGAGAGGGUGCUGUACUGUUACAGACUGGUCAGUGAGCUACAGGAUGUGACUUAGUCCUCAGAAUGGAGCCUCCUCACAAAAUGGCACCCGUGGGGCUGGCCCCUCAGACUUCCCGGGAGCCGUGCCCUGAAGCAGGGCCAGAUACUUCGGACUCGGGGUGAAGCGCCCCACAUGGCAGCCUGCCAGCAGCAGUGAACUUUGACUUCUGGUCUUAAAGAGUCUCCCAACUCAGUCCCAGGAGCAAUUGGUGGGUUUUAGCAAUUUGUCUUGACUGUUUUUAGUUCUCCUUGAAUCUCUGGUUUUUCCUUUAUUGUUUUUAGGUUCUUGUAUAUGUUUAUUUCCAUGGUUCCUCAACUUUUUUUUUUUAAACAUUUGCAUUUGCUGGACAACUGCAUAUUUUUUUAAAUUCCCUAUCCCUUUUUAAAGCUGAAAAAUAUGUUUGGUUCAUGUGCGUUGUUUACAAAGCCAAAAAAAAAAAAAAA